AUGCGAUUUGUUCGCAACCAUUACGGGUCGGGAAUUGUAAAGAAAGUAUCCGACGAUAUUGCAAAACCACAAUGUCCACAAGGCGAUGCAUACAAGGAUAAUCACGGGAAUUAUUUUAUUUGUUCUAAUUCUAAUACCAUAGAUACAUGUCCACCAAAUUAUGAAUGUCAUUUUGAUGGAUACUUAUGGGGUUGUUGUCCAACAAAGGAUUAUACAUGUUUGUUGCCAUUUAAUAAAGGUGUCACUUGUGAUAUUGGCUCAUCUUAUCGUUUUUUCUACAAUUCACAAAGACAAGAAUGUGAAAGUUUCCUGUAUAAUGGUUGUAGUGGAAAUUCGAAUAAUUUCCUAACAAAUGAACAGUGUGAAAAUUAUUGUGGUGAUAAUAACAGUUGUCCGAAUAGUGGUACCCCAAAAAGAAAUGAAUUUGGUAAAUGGAUAGAUUGUUCAUCAUGUCCAAGUACUCAUGAAUGUACAUCGCUUACUUCCAAUAACAGUGUCAUGAAUGGAUGUUGUCCAAAACGAGCAUAUAUUUGUUCGUUACCAUUGCAUCAAGGCAAUUCAUGUGGUAUGACAGCUGUCACACGUUUCUACUUCAAUGUAGCCAGAUUAAAUUGUAUCGAAUUUACCUAUAAUGGUUGUGGUGGUAAUUUGAAUAAUUUCGCAUCACUUGAUCAAUGCAACAACUUUUGCUUAUCAUCAGCAUGUCCAUCAGGCGAUAUUACAUAUAUAAACCCAAGUACACUUAUACCUUUAUCAUGCCGAACUGAUAUGACAAAUAGUUGUCCCAAUAAUUUUACCUGUACCUAUGAUGAACUUUUUGGAAGAAAUGUAUGUUGUGGUGCAACAAAUAUGGAAGUUUGUCCAAAUGAUGAAAAAGCAUAUAUGAAUACUUUUAAUAUGAGUGUUCAUGAAUGCUUAAUAAAUAUUAGCAAUUCAUGUCCCAAUUAUUACCUGUGUCGUUUUCAUUUUCAAACAAAUCGUUACUAUUGUUGUACAUCUAUCAAUGGAGAAUUAUGUCCAAGAGGUAAAGCACUUUACAAAGAUCAAUCUUCAAACUUACCUAUUCGUUGUAUAAUAAGCAGUGAAAGUAAUCAAUGUCCACAAGGGUAUAGUUGCUUGUCCGAAAUUCCAGGAGCUGUACAGGGUUAUUGUUGUUCAUCGAAUUACUUAUGUCCAAAUCGUGCAAGAUUUUACACCGAAACCAUCAGUGGAAUGCCACGUUCAUGUCAACUCAGUUCACCAUUUGUCACUUGUCCCAUUGGCUAUACAUGUCAGAGUACACAAACCGAAUUUACAACUGGUUAUUGUUGCGAAAAUGAUAAUGCAUCAAUAGUUUCCGAUGGUUGUCCACCAAAAAAAUACGUUUAUAUGAGAGAUAAUCAAGUGAUAUCAUGUGAUCCGUUCAAUUCAACAGCAAAUGCUUGUCCAAUUGGAUACUCUUGCCAAUGGUCAUUUCCAAAACAACGUUAUCAGUGCUGUGGAGAGAAAUUGAUACUUGGUUAUAAAAUAACUAAAACUUGUCCAGAAGGUGAAGUGCUAAUAGCAGGUGAAUGUUUGGAACAAGUUGAACCAGGUGAUCUUUGUGUAGACGACAAACAAUGCUUAGGUGGUUCGAUAUGUAAAGAAGGCAUUUGUGAAUGUCACAGCGGUCAUGUCAUUUACCGUGGAAAAUGUAUUGUAAAAGUAGCAAAAGCUGUAAUAAAAUGUUCGAUUACAAGUCAAGUACCAUAUCGUGAGAAAGGGUCCAACAAGGUGCGAUAUUGUUCAAUCUCGAAGAAUAAUUGCCCAAAAGGAUACAGUUGUCAGUACAGUCGCGAUGCUGAACGAAAUAUCUGUUGUGGUCAUUCAAGUACCAGUAUUACUGGUAGAAGAAGUAGUAGUAAACCAACAAAUGCUCGAAGACGUCUAAAGGUUAUCACUGAUGUUUGCGAAAAUGGCAUACCGUAUAUCCUGAAGGAAAUGCCACAAACCUGUACUGCAAUACCUUGCCCGACUGGGUUCGACUAUAUACAACAUGAUGAUUGUCCUUCCGGAACAGCACUUCUUUUUCCAGCAACUGGAACACCAUUACAGUGUGACAGUGCAAAACAAAGUUCGUGUCCUAGCGGUUACCGUUGUCUUAGGACUAUCAAAAAUAGCGGAUAUCAGUGCUGCACCUUACCUGCUUUCCAUUCACUCAAGGAAGAAUUUGCAGUUUAUAAUCCUAUUUCAAGGUUCUACGAAACCUGGAUCAAUGCGAUACCUUGUCCAGGUAAUCAAGUUCAAGUGAAACGGUUAGUGAAUGGUCAAUAUUUAGACUUUUGUGAAGAUCGUUGUCCAGCUCAUCAAAUUCCAGUUAAUGGUUUUUGUAAAAGUCAAGCCGAAUUUCCUAUAGAAAUGAAAUGAAGUCAAGAACAUCGCCAUGAUUACUCGAAGGCAUGCGUUUGACGUUCUCAUCACCACUUAUAAACAUUCCAAUUCCUAAUCCUACUAACAAUUGAUACU